AUACGGGCUUGAAACCGUUUACUUGCAGUGAGUGUAAUGCAUCUUUUAAUCAAAAGAGUGUUUUACGUCAACAUAUAAUGACUCAUGCUGAUGAAAAAUUCUUCAGUUGCGAUCAGUGCAAUGCAUCUUUCAAAACAAAGCGUCUUUUAAAGCAACAUAAACGUGUCCAUACAGAUGAAAGACCGUUCAGUUGCACUAAGUGUAAUGCAUCUUUUAAAAGUAAGAACGGUUUGGUUAGUCACGUGAUGAGUCAUACGAGCUUAAAACCGUUUACUUGCAGUGAGUGUAAUGCAUCUUUUAAUCAAAAGAGUGUUUUACGUAAGCAUAUAAUGACUCAUACGGAUGAAAAACCAUUCAGUUGCGAUCAGUGCAAUGCAUCUUUCAAAACAAAGCAAAUUUUAAAGAGUCAUAAAUUCGUUCAUACGGAUGAAAGACCGUUUAGUUGCACUAAGUGCAAUGCAUCUUUUAAAAGGAAGAAAAAUUUGGUUGUUCAUGCGAUGAGUCAUACGGGCUUGAAACCGUUUACUUGCAGUGAGUGUAAUGCAUCUUUUAAUCAAGAGAGUGCUUUACGUAAGCAUAUAAUGACUCAUACGGAUGAAAAACCAUUCAGUUGCGAUCAGUGCAAUGCAUCUUUCAAAAAAAAGCAAAUUUUAAAGCAACAUAAACUUGUCCAUACAGAUGAAAGACCGUUCAGUUGCACUAAGUGCAAUGCAUCUUUUAAAAGUAAGAACGGUUUGGUUAGUCACGUGAUGAGUCAUACGAGCUUUAAACCGUUUACUUGCAGUGAGUGUAAUGCAUCUUUUAAUCGUAAGAGUGUUUUAUGUCAGCAUAUAAUGACUCAUACGGAUGGAAAACCAUUCAGUUGCGAUCAGUGCAAUGCAUCUUUCAAAACAAAGCGUGUUUUAAAGCAACAUGAACUUGUCCAUACAGAUGAAAAACCGUUCAGUUGCACUAAGUGCAAUGCAUCUUUUAAAUGGAAGAACGGUUUGGUUAGUCACAUGAUGAGUCAUACGGGCUUGAAACCGUUUACUUGCAGUGAGUGUAAUGCAUCUUUUAAAUUAAAGAGUGCUUUACGUAGGCAUAUAAUGACUCAUACGGAUGAAAAACCAUUCAGUUGCGAUCAGUGCAAUGCAUGUUUCAAAACAAAAAGUUUUUUAAAGAAGCAUAGACUCGUCCAUACGGAUGAAAGACCGUUCAGUUGCACUAAGUGCAAUGCAUCUUUUAAAAGGAAGACCGGUUUGGUUCGUCACGUGAUGAGUCAUACGAGCUUGAAACCGUUUACUUGCAGUGAGUGUAAUGCAUCUUUUAAUCAAAAGAGUGAUUUACGUGAGCAUAUAAUGACUCAUGCUGAUGAAAAAUUCUUCAGUUGCGAUCAGUGCAAUGCAUCUUUCAAAACAAAGCGUCUUUUAAAGAAUCAUAAAUCUGUCCAUACAGAUGAAAGACCGUUCAGUUGCACUAAGUGCAAUGCAUCUUUUAAAAGUAAGAACGGUUUGGUUAGUCACGUGAUGAGUCAUACGAGCUUGAAACCGUUUACUUGCAGUGAGUGAAAUGCAUCUUUAAAAUUAAAGAGUGAUUUACGUAGGCAUAUAAUGACUCAUAGGGAUGAAAAACCAUUCAGUUGCGAUUAGUGCAAUGCAUCUUUCAAAACAAAGCGUGUUUUAAAGCAACAUAAACUUGUCCAUACAGAUGAAAGACCG